AUGGUGAAUAAAGACACGGCCAUUGAUGCUCUGGUGAAAAGUUCAUCCGUUAAAAAUGGAGAAAUAAAGAUUAAUCAAAAGGUUUUAGAUGCUGCUUUGAAAACAAUAAUUGAAGAUUUGAAAAGACAAAGUUCAUUGAACAUUCCAAAAUCAUUUUUUGAAGACAUACUAUGGCCAUCCUGUUCUGAAAAGACAGACUCGCAUAUUUUGUUGGUUGCUGCUGGUAUUGUCUCUAAGCUUGAGCAUAAUGAUGACUUCAAAUGUCUUGAAUCUGAUCGUUUACCUGAUUUUAUACUUCGAUUAUUACAAAUAUUUCAUAAAGAUAAUGGUUCUUUGAUAAUUAAAACACUCAUUGUGAAAAGUUUCAAUGCAUUAUUUUUAAAUCUGCAUAUAAGUGGAAUAAGGAAACAAUUGGCACCAUUUGUAUCAAUCUUAAUAUGGGGUAAUAUUGAUGAUUAUGAAGACUUAUUAGUCAAACAUGGUUUGAAUGCACAAUACUCUAAGCAAAAGGCGUCUUUAGAUAAGCUUUCAAAGAUUGAAAAGGUUGGAAACUCAUUAAAGACCAACUGGAUUUCAAAUUCAAUCGAUGUUGCAGUGAAAAACUAUGAUGUUAAAAAUAAUGAUUCAAUCAUUUAUACCAAAUCAGUUUUAGUACUUUUAAGAGAUUUAUUAGCACAAAUCCCAACAAGAAAGUUUUUGAAAUCAUUAUUGGCACAUAAAAAUAUGUUAUUUACGUUAACUUCCUCUCAAAUUAAUGAUGAUGAACUGUUAUCCAUUUUGGACUCUUAUACAUUUUAUUUCAAAUUCCCAGUUGAUGAACUAACAGGUGAACUUAUAUCAUCAGAUACAAUUGAAAAAAUAAUUUCGGACAAUUAUUUGAAACUUCAAGUUUUAUCAAAUAGUUUAUUUGCUGAAAAGCUUCAAGAUCUAGCAUUUGCAACAUAUGAACAUUUAGAAGAUAGAUCAAAGCUUAAAAAUUCGUUGAGUAUACUUGAUUCUCAAGAGCUUGCUGAAUUAUUUAAAGGGUUUGGAUUCACAUUACCUAAAGUUAACAGCCAAGAUCAAAUUAUUGAUUCUUUUAUCUUCCAAUUGACUCCAUUCAUCAAUCCUCAGACAUAUUUAGAGAAUUUAGGAAGUUUCAUCAAUGAAAAAACGAUUCUCAAUAAAACAAGGCAGUCUGGUCUUAAAUUAACUGGUCAAUUCAUAUCUGAAGGUGAUUAUUUACUGAGAAAUUAUAUAAUUUAUAGAGAUGAAGUGUUCAAAGAGAUUAAAAGUCAUUUGGAAAGAACAAUUUCAAGAUUAACUUUGAAAAAUGAUAAAGGCAAAGAAAAAGUUACGGGAAAAAGUAAUUAUGUUUCAAAAUUAUCUCCAGAUGAUAUUAAAUUUAGCUCAAAUACUUCAAUAGAUUCUGCCAAGAUCAAAAUAUCAUUAAAUGAAUUUUCUAAUGAAGUUACUAAAAAUUGGACUUCACUAAAACAAGAAGAUGUUAUUUUAUUAGUUAAACUUGGGGUAAAAUUCCCAAAGGGUAAUGAUCUUGAAAAAUUAGGUGUAACAAAGAUUGUCACUGCUGUUAUCAAAGACGUAAUUAAUAAUAAAUCUACCUCAGAUUUGAAAGUUGAUAUCAAAGGUUCCAUAAAUAAAGAAGAAAAUCAAUCCAAUGAAGAUGAUCAACCAUUUUCAAUUGCUUUAAGAUUACCAAAAGAAUUAACAAAGUAUAACCAAAAACUCAAUAAGGCAUGGGAGAACAUAAACAGAGUUGAAGAUCAAUUACCAGAAUGGUUAUAUGAUCAUGUUUUAGGUUUAGGUGGAGAAAUUGAUGAUUCUUUAGAGUUGAGGAAAUCAGUAAGGCUCUUACACAAUGGAAUCACAAAAGAAUCAAUUGAGAAAUCGUUUCCGAGUUAUAAAGUUACAAUUGAUGGUCAAGAUACUAAAAGAAGAAAAGUUGAUCCUGAAAAUAGUGAAUCACUUACUUCUCCAUUUAUCAUAUGUACUACAGAUAAUGAAAUAGUAUUGAAACCACUUGAAGCUGAAUCAAAAUAUCGAGACUUACAAUUCAAUGAACAACAAACUAAGGCGCUUAUAAGCUCACUCUCUAAUGGUUUAACUUUGAUUGAAGGUCCUUCUGGAAGUGGUAAGAAACAAGUCAUAAACACAUCAAUCAAUACACUAGUUGAAAAUUAUCCAAAUGAAAAAAUCCUAAUAAUAUCCAAGAAUGGAGGAACAUUGAACCAAUUAUUUCAAGCCUUAGAUAAACCUAAUGAAGGGGUAGAUACACAUUUCAACCUAACAGAUUCUGAAGCUAAGCAAAACAGUAUUCAAAAAGCAAAUACUACACUGGGUGUAUUAUUACAAGAAGUUGAUCAGUUAGCUGUUAGUUUAGGUCUUGAUCCGUUAUAUGGUGAUAGUGGUAUUUCAGCUUUACAAUUUUUUACACAUCAAGUGAAACCAUUGUUUGAAAAGUUUUUAAAUGAAAUCAAAAGCAAUAAAACUGUUAAAACUUUAAAAGAAUCAUAUCCAUUUGCAAAAUUUGGUGAUUCGAUCAUUGUCGAUGACACGUCAUUUGUUGAAGGGUUGAAAUCUGUUGUUAAGCAUUAUACUUCUAUCUCAUCUAUAUUUCAUAAAAUUGAAGAGUUAUCACCAUUAUCACUUAGUAAAAAUCAAGAUGAAAUAUUUGAUCAUUUAUUGAUUACAUAUGGUAAAGUUGUUGGGGUUUCAGCUGAUUCCUAUCCAGGAUAUUUGAAAAAAUUUACAAAAUUAAAUAUAAAGUUUGAUUCAAUAAUAAUUUCUGAUGCUUCACAAUUAGAUGAAUUCGAGACUUUAUUUCCAUUAGUUUUGAGUAAUAAUUCAUUGAAAAGGGCUUUACUUGUUGGUGAUACAAUCCCAUUGAGUGAGGAGAAACAAAGUUUUUUUGAUAGAGUGAAAAAUCAAGGUUCUAAUCUUAUAAAAUUUAAUCAAGUUUAUGAUAAAAGACUAGAAAUAGUUGAAUUACUUGAAGAAUUUUAUUCUGGUAAAAUUACAACCACAGCUCAUCCUGAAACACCAAAUGCUGGUGUUUUAGAAACAGUUAAAUUAAUAGAACUUAGCUCAAAAGAAUCUGAAGGUAAGCGUCCAAUAGUUGCUAGUGCAUUGUAUGCAUUGAAGUUUUCCAGAUAUUUGAUAUCAAAAGACUAUUCACCGGAAAUUAUAACGAUUUUAGCAUUGGAUCCAUUACAUGAAGCAUUGUUGAAAGAAAUCUUCAGUGAUCUCGCUACAAAUAUAAGUACCAUCGCAAAAUAUAGAGGUCAAUCAAAUGAUAUUGUGAUCUUACCUUUGAAUGAUACAUCAGAUAAUUUGGAUGAAAAUUUACUUUCAUUAGCAUUAUCAGCUUCUAAAAAAGGAUUCUAUAUAUUUGGUACUGAAGAUGUUGUUAAAUCUGAUGAGUUGAAAAGUAAUACAAUUUUUCAAAACAUUUACAAGCUAACAAAAGAUCACAAGUUGAAAUUGGUUCAAGAUGAAAGUUUCAAUACAGUUACUAGAAAAGUUAAAGAUAAAACUUCGUCUAAAGUGGUUGAUUUUGACUCAAUUGAGGAACUGAUCGAAGGAAAUGAUAACUGA